GUCAUAUUUAUCUCGUUCAUUAUUGACUUCAAUACAGUAUUAUUUUAUUAUUUUUCAUUAUUAUCGGCCCCGCGAAGACUGAAAGGGCAAGUAACAUUCUGGUAACAGCACCAAAGCCUACCGGCCCAGCGCGCAGGGGCGCCCUUCCAUUCCCUUGUUGGCGAUGUUAAACGCCGUCCAACAAAUGAGAUGGCCUCGGAGCAGAGAAUUAAUGUUCCGUGGAGCCGUCGCUGCAUGAAGGCACACGCAGCGUCAGUGUGAAUCGUGAUGUCUCUUGCAGAUUGGGGAGCCAGCCAAUUUCCAGCCCGUUGACCGCUGCAUGUUCCUUGAAAGUUCCAGAAGACCCCCCCUCCCCCCAGCCACACGUGCAGAAGUCCAGCCAGGCCAGGCUUCUGGGCCUUGGAGGAGAAGCCAGGUCGAAAAGUGGCAAGCGACGAUGCACACACAUCCCCUCAUGUGUUUUAUGUUGAAUGGAAACGAGGCUGACGUCGGGCCUGUGUUACCGAGAGCCGCUGUCGGGACGAAUGGCACGAUUGGUAUUGGCAUUGGAAUUGGCAUUGGCAUCGCCCUACAGGGCCCCGCUGCUCCCUUCUGCUCAAGUCUAUCUACAUACAGUAGAGUUUGGAACGGGUCCUUCCCCGAGUGAAGCAGGUCCCACACUUGGGCCAGGAGGCCCAAUACUUCCGUUAGCGUGAUGAGUUCCUGGGAACUCGACGGUCAACUGCUUGCCAGCAGGGCAGGAUUUUAGCAUGGACGAUCUCUCGCUUUCAUUUUCGUGCUUGUGAGGCUGGUUGACUGCAUUGCGAAUUCGUGGGCAGUGGGCAGACGUUCCGCACCUGAGCCAUGAUUAUUCUGCAAAGACUUGGCCGUCUUCCUCUCUAUGGCCAUAGUAGUGCAGGACUCAUGCUGUCGAGAUUGCCAUUAGUGUAGCAUGAAAGCGAGUGGGCUUGGGGGGGGUGGUUGCGGGCGUGGCCAGAAAAUGAUCGAUCUCGAACUGACAUGAAGAGCGAGAUGAAGUUCAGGGCUGGUCGGU